AUGACAGUGCUUGGACAAGACAUUGAGUCGAUGAAGAAUAUGCCAAAAUAUGACUCGAGAUAUGAUUAUUUGGAUGUGGAUGCGUUGUUUAAUAGUAAAAGACUAGUGAGAAACUAUGCGGAAUGUUUGAUAAAUGGACAACGGUGCACUCCUGAAGGAAAGGCGCUGAAAAAACUUCUACCGGAGGCGUUGAGAACAAAGUGCAUAAGGUGUACAGAACAUCAAAAGAAGAUAGCGGUAAAAGUAAUAAAGAGAUUAAAAUCUGAAUAUCCUGAGGUAUGGGCCAAACUAGCGUCAAAGUGGGACCCAACGGGUGACUUCACAAGAUACUUCGAAGUGUUCCUGGCUAAUGAGCAAUUUAACACUAUAAAUGGAAAUGGUAACGAAGCACCUAUCCCUCCUGUGCCAACACCGUUCACAUCAAGACCUGUACCGACAGCCCCACCAAGUUCAGAAGCCCCAGUGCCUGCCGUGACACCACCAGUACCUAUACUUUUAAACAGAUUUGGUGACGACGGGGAACUUAUGGUGGCCAGUCCAUCUUCAGCAGUGACGACCCCUCGGCCUACUCAACCAUCAACUAUAAAAACAACACCUACAAGAAGACCUAUACCACCUAGACCCACACCUGUGUCCUGGUUCAGUAUUGGACCAAACACGAUAUCAACAAGGUUUACAGUGCGACCGACAAACGAGCUACCUUUGGCUUAUUCAACUGCCAUUACACUUAUCGAUCAAAUCGGUAUAAAAAUCAUACGGACUACUGAAAUCGUUACUGAUAUCCUGAGAAAUACCGUAAGAGCUGUGGUCGGACGA